GGGUUCUAAUAACACUAAUAAUGAUCAGAAUUUAAUCAGCCAUAGUUUACUAAACAUGAGUCAGCAGAUAAGAUCACCGGCAAUGUUCUCCAUCAAAAGAACAGGGUCGCUGAUGCAUUCCGCUAGUAGGACAGCUAGUAAUUUUGGAAAACAGGAAACGAUAUAUGAUUCAAAUAGUCUGGAUUCAAAUGAAAUAGGUAAAAAACUACCAUUCACAAAUGACGAAAGGAUACAGAUAGGAAGUAAGAAAGAAUCUCCAACGGUGCCGAGAAUAAGAAAUGAAAUAGUGGAUAAUGCUACACCUACUGCUCUACGUGAGUUACCGGAAGUUAUAUCAGAUUUGAAACCAGAAGACGAAGAUGAAAUUUCUCAAAAAGAUUUAACUACACAAGCA